CAACUGCUCUCUAGGGGAUCGGUCAAGCCAUGUUCAGUUGCCGCAGCUAUUUGCUGCUCCUCAGCUCGCUGCUGAUAGCCACAAUCGGUGGCCAGGCUGAGAAUAUACCCUGUAACUUGCAGGAUGCCGAGUAUGGCAAGGUGUGUGUUUGCACAGCGGAUUACUGCGACUAUUUGGAGAAUCCCACGCUGAGCGAGGACAGCGAAUUCGCUUUGAUCUCCAGCACACAGGAAGGAUUGCGUUUUGAGCUGAGCAAAGGCAACUUUGGUGCUAGCGAGAAGCAUGUCGUCGACGACUACGAAGAGCCAGUUGUCGAAGUGCCAAAUGAAGCCAGCAAUGCCACCAUUUUCUCCCGCCUUUACGAUGCAGCUUUGGCUGCCAUGCGCCCACAAUCCGAGCGAGCCACGCCGAGCACAACGCGCUCGGUGACUCUUCGCCUGAAUCGCACCACGACAUUCCAGAGGAUUGAGGGUUUCGGUGGCAGCUUCACUGGUGCUGUGUCCUAUUUGCUGGAGAACUAUGAGGCACAGGAAAUACAGGAUCAUCUCUACAAGUCCUAUUACGGUGCUGAUGGCCUGGGAUUCAAUUUGAUGCGCGUCGCCAUGGGCGGUUGUGAUUUUGAUUUGGAGGCUUGGUCUUACAAUGAGUAUCCCGAGAACGAUACCAGCUUGACCAACAUGACUAAGCUAGACGAUCGCGAUGUGAUUCGUGUGGAGCAGAUUAAACGCCUGCGAGACAUUUCCGGUGUGGAGAACCUGAAGAUCAAAGGAGCCGCCUGGAGUUCGCCACCAUGGAUGAAGACGAACAACAAGUGGACGGGCUUUGGUCGCCUCAAGCGUGAGUACUAUCAGACCUGGGCAGAUUUUCAUCUGAAGUGGGUGGACUUGAUGGAGGAAAAUGGGCUACCCAUUUGGGCCAUUUCCACGGGCAACGAGCCCUUGAACGGUAUCUUCUUUAUGCCAUUCGUGAAGUUCAUGAGUCUGGGCUGGACACCGCCGACACAGGCAAUCUGGCUGGCUGAUCAUCUGGGACCCACGAUGCGUAACUCCAAGUACAAGGAUAUUGUGCUGUUCAGCAACGAUGAUCAGCGCUACACUAGUCCAUACUGGUUCAAAUGGAUGAAUCGCACACGCCCAAAUAGUUUGGAUUAUCUGGAUGGCGUAUCGCUGCAUUGGUAUUGGGAUGAGAUAUUCGGCAGCACUUUCGCCGAUAAGACCAAUGAGUAUUUUCCCAAUAAGCUACACAUAAUCUCGGAAUCGUGCAUUGGCGAUAAGCCCUGGCAGCAGGCUAGACCUCUCCUUGGCAGCUGGGCGCGUGCCGAGAAGUAUGCGCGCUCUUACUUAUCGCAUCUGAAGGAUGGUUUCCAUGCCUGGAUCGACUGGAACAUCAUCUUGGAUGAGGAGGGCGGUCCCAACUAUGUGAACAACACAGUCGAUGCUCCUGUGGUUGCCAACACAACAACCUACACUGAGUUCUACAAGCAACCCAUGUUCUACAUCAUUGGCCACUUCUCCAAGCUGGUGCCCGAGGGCUCUUUGCGCAUCGAGGCAAUUGCCAGCAAUGUUAACCUCGAUACAGUUGCCUUCUUGCGUCCUGACAAUAAAAUUGCUGCCGUGCUCUUUAAUAGUGGACGGGCUGCUCUCGAUAUUGUUGUCGUGGAUACAAUUCGUGGCAAUGUCACGCUCAAUGUGCCAGCCAAGUCCAUACACACAAUACUCUACAACUGAAAGUCCAGUCACAUUUUGUUUGUAUUACUUUAUUAUAGAUAUUGUACCAAGAUAAUUUGAAGUAUAAAGCGAUUUUUCAAGGAAAGAUAAUAGAAAAGAA